GGCAACAUCAGCUUCCCCUCCGACGGCGAGCACACUCCUGCUGGUGUGCUCGGCGGGGGCCUGGCUGGGGAGGACUUCGUGUUAGGCGUCCACGCCUCUGCGCUCACCCCGGGCCAGUACUACAAGGUCUGCGUCGACGUGGACGGCGCGGGCGCCGGCAGCGCCUUCGAGGACACGAACCUCCGCGUCUUCACGCUGGGAGCCUCCACGGAACCGGUCGCGAUGGAGGGCAGCGGGCUGAGCUGGAGCUUCCCGGUCGACGCCCGGUCGUUGGUGGCUGGCCUCGUCUACAGGAUCUGCACCGACCUCGACGGGGACGCGCAGGACGCUCGGCCCGCGCCGUCGACGAACCACUCGAACGGCACUCUGCCCGCCGCGCCUGCGGCGGGCCUGUCCGCCGGCGACACGGGGCUCACGGUGUACGUCUCGGGCGUGCAGGGCCUCGGCGUGGCGGCCGUGCGCAGGGGCAGCGCCGAGGUGGUGCCGCUGUCGUGCCUGGCGGGCUGCGUGAGCGACCCGAGCAUCCCCGCCUACACGGCGGUGUACCUGGCCACAGCCUGCGACAGCUCCGAGAGCGACGGCGAUCACUCCGCGGACGCCAACCUGUCCACUGCGUCUGCGUUCCUGAGCGCGGCGACGGAGGCGGAGCUCGACACGAGCAACCUCACGGUCGGCUCGCACUACGUGCUGUGCGCCGACAUGGACGGCGCCGGCCCGCUGGCGUUCGGCAGCACCGGGCUGCAGGUCUACGUCAUCGGAGACCUAAACGUGGAGCAGGGCACGGUGUUCCGCGGGCCGCUCCAGAACUUGACCCUCACGUGCACCAGCGGGUGCUCUGGGGCGAGCACGGGGUACCUCGGGACCUCGUGCGACUCGGCGUGGACGGACGGGGUGCGUGGAGUGCGGCCUGGCCGCGCGACGGCCAGUCGCAGCUUUCAGGACGUCGGCUCGAACUCCACAUGGCCGCUGACCCUGGACACCACGUACCUGGAGUCAGGCCGUUACUACCGAAUAUGCGUCGACUUGGACGGCCAGGCCUCGAGCCAGUCCUACGGUGACUCGUCGCUGCAGGUGUACGUGUCUCCGGUGGCUUCCCUGCAGUCGCAGUGGACUCUGCCGUCGAUCGUGGCCCCGGUCGUCUUCACGUGUGCCGCAUCCUGGUCCGCCGACGCGGCCCCGGCGACCAACGCCACCACUGGCUCCUCUUCCUGGUGGGGCUUCACCUUUGGCAACGGCAGCUCGAACACCUCCCUCUCUGGGCUUGCGCACAGCGUGGUGCCCUGCUCUGAGGCCACCACGGCCUACCUGGCGACCUCGUGCGACGGCUCCGUCGCGGGCGGCGUCGUGCUGGCCUCCGGCGCCGCCCGCACGAGCAGCGCGCAUCUCGUGGCCGCCGGGGCCUUCGUGGCGUGGCCCGGCGUCAGCCUGCUCGGGGACGGCUCGCUGGCCGCGUCCCGCGAGGUGGGCCUCUUCGAGGACCGCGCCUGCGCCUCUGCGGCCCUGGCGCGCGGCUACCCCUACUGGACGCGCCGCGUCUCCGACGGCGCCUGCUGGCCCAUGCCGCUCGCCUCCCUCGCGGGCGCGGCCGCCGCGGCGGGCUUCACCUCCGGGCCCGUGGAGGUCGCGGGCUGGCUGCUUACUGUGGACGCGAGCGGGCUGCUGCCGGGCGGGCGCUACGCGCUGUGCCUCGACGCCGACGGCCUCGCCACGACGCGGAGCUUCGGGGACACCUCCCUGCGGGUCUACGUGUCCCCGGUCGCCCUGGUGGAGAACACCACGGUGCAGGCUGUGCAGAAUCAGGUAUUGUCUCUGACGUGCAGCAGCUGCUCGAACAACACCGCGGUCAUGUUGGCCAGCGACUGCUACGCGGCGGCGCUCAGCUCGCUGAAGACGGGCGUUCAGACCAUGUCCGCCACCCUGGCGAGCAUCGGCACAGGGCAGUGGGCCGCGGCCCUCGACGCCACGCCGCUGACGCUGGGCCUCUCCUACCAGCUCUGCAUCGACGUCGACGGCGACUCCAGCGCGUUCGGGCUCGGCGAGAGCGGGUACUCCGUGUACGUGUCUCCUCUCGCAUCGGCGAGCACGUCGGUGCUGGCCGCCGGCAGCCGCGUCCUGAACGCCACCUGCCCGGAGGCCUGCUCAUCCUCGACAUACGCGUGGCUCGCCCAGGCAAGCUGUGGCAGCAGGGAUCUGGCGACGAGGGCCAUGCGAUUCCUGGGCGGGGUGCCGUACUACUUCUUCGAGGUCGACGCUGGCAGCCUCACCGCAGGCGAACUCUACCGCCUGUGCGUCGACAUCGACAUCGACAGCGACGCGAGCCCAGUGGGCGAUACUGGGUUGACCGUGUACGCCUCCGUCAUCCAGGCGGCCACCCUGGCAAUCCGUCCAGAGGCAGAUCAGGCGGUGGUGCUCACAACGGUUGCGGGUUACACUGCGCCAGGCGAUGCGACGGGCCCGGUGAUCGUGUCCUCCGCCCCAGCGUACCGUUCGGCCAACCUCAGCCGCGGCGAGACCACGGUGAACCUGACGUUUGACGAGAACGUCGUCGCUGGCAGCGGGGACGUUGCCAUCACCGCCUGGGACGACAGCGGCUUUGCUCCCUCGCUGGUCAGCGCGUCGGUGGCGCCAGAGUGGGACGGGCCGCGGCGCGUGUUCGCCCUGUCGUUCGACACCGCGGUGCAGGCGGGCAACGGGUCCUUUUCCGUGCGCACGGCGGGGGGCGCCAUCAUCGAGGAGGAGGUGCCCGCGAGCCGGGUGGUCUUCCACCAGAACAUGGUCAUCAUCCAGCCCAGCUCGCCGCUCCCGGGCGGCGCGGAAUAUUGCGUGGUGGCUUCGUCGCAGGACGCGGUGGUCAGCACCAGCGGCGUCGCCGCCGAGAGCACCGUCGACACCUGCGGCUCCGGCAGCACCGCCUUCGUCAACGCCAGCAAUCAGGAAGCCACGCCCCCGGGGGUGCUGGCCUCGAGCCUGGGCGACUACCACUGCACCUACGCCUCGGGCGUGCUCCGGGACGUCACCUACUACUGGAGCGAGGACGUGCAGGUGUCGGCCGCCGGCUCGUACAUGUCGCUGUACGCCUGCGUGGGUGCGAUAUGUGAUGCCGACACCGCUGUGGAGCUGUGGCGGAUCGAGCUCCGUGCCCUCCCGAGCGUCGGUGCUUUGCUGGCGCUGGUGCACGCCGAACGCCAGUUCGAGCUGACCGUCAACACGGGCAGCCUGCCCGCAGGAGGGGCGCAUCUUGGGGGCAGCACCGUCGUUGCAGCGGUGGCUGUGCAGUGCGGUCGUCGAUGUCGGUUCGACAGGAUGGCCUACAGUCGGGGCCCUGAAGAAGGAACCCUUUCCGUUGGGAAUGGGCUCCG